AUGGAUCGUGAGGUUGAAGCAGAUGGAACGCCGCAGACAUACCGAGGAGGAGAAACUCUUCACAGCAUUGCUCGAACGCGCGCGGCUCGGGAUACGGAAGCUGGACGAGGCACACCGUGCUACACGAGCACCCUGAUUGAGAAACUUCCAGAGUUUGCGAAACGCGAAGCGGCACAUUCGGUUGGCAUGAUGGCCAAUGUAGCAAUCUUGACCACCGGCUCUCCAUUGAGGGCUUUUCUCUUGGCCAUAGUCUUACAUCCACAGUGGCACAUUGCAAUGCGAGCAGAGAUCGACUCUACAGUAGGCGAAGAGGAUAGAUUGGUAGGGUUAGAUGAUGCAUCGAAGUUGCCACUCCUCAGGGCGGUCAUCAAGGAAUGCUUUCGCAUACCUCACGAACUUGAGAAGGAUGACGUAUGGAAUGGCUACUUGAUUCCUCAAGGUGCCUACAUCCACGCCGUCGAAUGGUCUCUUGCCCGUGAUCCUGCUGUCUAUCCAGAUCCUGAUACGUUUAAUCCGCGGCGAUAUCUUGAUCCAGAAUGGGCGGAAGCGGACCUUUUAGUCGCUUGUGCUGCGAUUGCCUGGGCCUUCAAGUUGGAGAAGAAACGGCUACCUUCUGGCGGAGAAGUCCCGAUUAAUGAUUAUGAUUUCACGAACACUCUUAUCACCACCGCGAAACCAUUCGAAAUGGAGUUUGUCGAGUCUUAUUUCACCUAUUCGGAGAACGAGCAGCCUGCAGUUGACCACGAUGUGCACUUCCGAGGUGGCCUUGGGGCUGAUGGUUCAGAGACAUUUACUCCUCGCACAGUGAUCUACGACCUCAAAGGUGGGUUUGGAUCACUCCGGAAGUACAAUGCACUCUAUGAGCUCUCCGAGGAGGUCCCACCCGCCAAUGAUUUGUGGCAGGGCAAAACGUCGACGCAGCAGCAGCCCCCCAUCGAACCUACUGACUAUCAAAAGAACCUCGACCAGGGCCUGCCAACUUCUCAGUUGACAGCAGUCGAUGUUAGAUAUUGGUCUGAUUUCAACCGUGUGUUCUAUCAUCCGAGAUCGAUUGUUCAGCUGAAUGAGUAUGACCUCAAUUCACAGCUGAUGCCCUUUGAAAGUUGGAACGCUGGCCAGGAUCUCUUCAAUGAUCUGGACAAAGAGUCUGACCUGCUCGACCGCGACAUGCGUCCGUUUGCAGAAGAAUGUGAUCAGCUAGCAGGCAUCCAGAUCUUCACUGGCGUUGAUGAUGCAUGGGGAGGCUUUGCAUCCAGUUAUAUUGACCUCCUUCGGGACGAAUACGGCAAGACUAGCAUCUGGCUUUGGGGUUUGGAGGAUGGGAUGCCAGUGAGCCGGCAAGCUGAGACCCGUCGGAAUGCAAAUGGGGCAAGGACGCUCCAAGCAACAGCAGCACAAGUCUCAGCUUAUAUUCGGCUUUCAAGCCCUCCCACCAGCAUUCCUGGAUAUAUCCAGCUGGAUCGAUCUUCUGAAUGGGCAAAAUCGGCUCUGCUGUGCACAGCGGUAGAAUCGAUGACAUUACCGACUCGGUUGAGGGAUGGUAGUGGUCGCAGCACUACGCUGGCCGAGCUUGAGGGCAUUCUAAACAACACUAGGUCGCGCACUCUCUUUGAUCUUAAAGCGGGUGUCGUCACGGGAAAGACGCCACAUCUGGCCGGGAACAAGGCAUCUCGCGCGCCGUCGUUGCUUACCACGACAUUCGACCUAGAGUAUUCUCCACGAACGAGUCAGAUUACUACUUUGGGGCGAACGCCGCAUGUUUUCAGUCGGGCUGAGAUCUGGCGCUGCAUGCCUCGCUCGCAGAUGCCCAUUCUAGCAGGUGGAGCGGACCAAGACGCCGUUGUAGAAAUCUACCACGUCAAUGUGCCUUUUCCUCAACUAGAUACCUUCCCGGAUACACUAUUUGGCGGCAGUUCCGACCUAGAGCUUGGAAUUGGCGCGGCGCUGGUGGCCAGCUCCGAGACCAGUACUCGGCUCAAAGACAUGGGUCGCAUGAUCAGCAGAAGGAUUGACGUGGACACCCGAGAAGCACUUCUCAAUGAUCUUGCGGAUCUAGGAGCCGCAUAUGAGGAAGGCUGGCAGAACAGCUCAGAUUCUGGCAGCGACCAAUGA